CCUCGUUUUGGCACGUGAGAAUGGAAAGGGAGAAUUGAGUACGAGGAGCGAGGAUGACCCGUUGUAUACGCGUUUGUUGAGCAGAGAUGAAGCCUAGCUGAAGUUCAGAUAAAGUCGGUAGACGUAUACUCGUAUACUGUACGUCGUAAUAGCAGGGAUCCGAUAGGCUUACGGGAUAUAUGCACGAUAAUUAACACUAAGCUUCUUGUGUCAACGACUCAUUACCCUCUCCAAGCAAGCUCAUCGUCACUCGGCCAAUUGCAAACAAACUUCAUCAUGUCUUUCCUGGGUAGAUUGCCAUUCUGGCUACACAUCCUCAUCGAGUUCCCUGCUUCGCUGAACUUCUUCUUCAACCCAUCCGAACAGCUGCCAUCGCCAGGCCCACAAGCUCACGCUAUCAUCAAGCAAUAUGCGGUGUUGCUUCUGGUUUCGAACCUUAUUGCUGGUAUCUUUGCUCUGAGACCACUGGAUCGGACGAGUAGGAAUGUGGCGGGGGCGUUGGCUGUGUAUCAUCUUGCGCCGCUGGUGAGAGCGGCGAGUAGGAUUGGGAAUGCGAGGUAUGGCAACGGACUUGGAGGACCCGUGGUUCAUGUGGUUGUGCAUGGUGCUUGUUUGUUAGGUCUUUUCGGGCUGUACUCAUCCAAGUACCGGAGGAGGUGAGGUGCCGGGGGCGACAGGAAGUUGGGAGCAUGAAUUUAUGUUUGUGUAACAUGGGAUCAAAGGUGGAAUAUCCGACCAUGGAAAGAGAGCUUUGCUGGACAUGCAAGCCUCCUAUCAAUGGCUUCUAGCACUCUAUACAAUGAAAUUACACUCUAAGAUC